UUUUUGUUUUAGUUAGUUAUCAGUUUAUCUAGGCUAGGCUAGUCCUUAAUCAUAUCGUUAUGAUUCAUUUCAAUCAGUUGGCGAAGUUAAUUUGAGAUUAAACUAUCACUAAAUUAAUCAAAAAAAAGUUUAAAAUGAAUAAAGAUCAUGACGUCCUUUCCAUUCAAAAAGGAACUAAAAUAAAUAAAUUUGAAGCUCCACUAUGUGUAGAGAACUCAGAUGGAAGCUUUGGAGUUAUCAAUACCAAAAUAAUUUGCAUUUCUGCAAUGAAAGAGUAUGAAAUGAAAAGUUUGGAAGAACUCCGUUUUGAGGACUACUUAGCAAAUAGAAAAGAAUUUCACAAGAUUAAUGGAGGUCAACUUAGAUCAACUGUAUCUAUACCUUUUGGAUUAAGUGGAAACAUCACCCCUGGAAAAAGUAAUAUGCCAUUCAGUUUUAAAAAUUACAAUUUUCCCUCAGACAGAAGUGGUCUUUUCAGCGGGACAGUCAAUUCUCCUACAAUUGCCAACACAGGGAUGCCUCAAUCACCUCAGAAUAUGUUUCAAUUUGGCUUCAAAAACUUUUCUGACUCUAGCUCAAGCUCUAGCACAAGCCCAUUUGGUUCUACUAAGCCAUUUACAUUUCGUGCUUCUAGGCCUGUAUUUAGCUCUCCUUUUAAAAAACCACAUUUUGGCUUUGGACAUUCUAUUGUUCAUCCAGGAGAUGGGGAUAACAGCAAAUCAAGGAGCAAAGUCAUUAGCAUGAACAGCCCUGUGAAGAUACCGGACUUUGAGGAAACGAUCUCUGAAUCCUGUGAAGGCGAAGUGAAAAAACUCUUGACUGACCUACAGGGGCUUAUUGAAUGUCCAAUCUGCUUAGAAAGUUUGGGAACUUCAGCCAAACAGUGUGAAAACGGUCAUGGAAUAUGCGGCACUUGUUUUAAUACUGAGAAGGGCAAUAAGUGUCCGACAUGUCAGUGUUCCUACCUUCCCAACAAACCAAUUCUUUUGACUCAAAUCCUUGACCGCCUUCCUAAAUUAUGCUCGUUUGCUGAUAAAGGUUGUGAUGUGAUGUUGUUUGAUAAAAAAGCGGAGCACGAGACAUUUUGCAAGUUUAGACCAACAAUGUGCAAAUUUGAGUCCUGUCAGUGGAAAGGCACAGUAGAUGCUGUGAUAGACCAUGUUAGAAGAUGUGAGAAAAGUACUACCAACACUCUGUGUCAAAUGCACCUCCCUAAUGUCAAGCAUACCAUGAUUAGUAAGUUUGAUAAGACACAAAAUGCAAGUGUUUAUUCAGCAAUUAUCUAUCAAAACCAAUUAUUUUGGAACUAUUUUCAUAGAGAUGGUUGUUCAAAGAUGGUCAGUUACAAGUUUCAUCACGUCGCAUCAUCCAAGCCCAAGCAAAAGUAUUACUUGAUCAUAAGCUUUAUGAAAGGUGAAAUUGAAUUCAAAACGUGUGUUGAAGCUACUUUGGAAACAAGCAUUCAUUCUCAAGACAUAGAAAGAAAUCAAGUCUGCUUGUUUCUGUCCGAUGAAUAUUUGGAGAGGUUUUGUGAUUCUGAGGGUGAAGGUUAUGUCUAUACUCAGCAGAUCAUAACUGAGGAAAUGUCUAUCAACAAGGCAGUUGUUUGUUAAUGAUGAUUGUACUGAUGCAGUUUUCAAGUCUACAAGUGUUGGGUUUACACCCAUUUUAUUUUUAAGGUCUAAUAUCAACAUUAAAUAAUCAUACUCUAUGGAAGCUCACAACUUUCAUUUACCAAGGAGGAACUACUAUGUUUUGAAGAACUGUUUUGUUUUUUUUUGUUAUGAUCAAAUGUUAAAGAUAAGUUUGUAAUAAUAAAGUAUGUUGAGUAUA